CUUCCGGCGCGCUGAGUGGCGGCACCGCUGACCGGCAGCCGGAGCCCGGGGAGCUAUGGCCUCUGUGGGGGUGGCCGCCGGCCGACAGGCCGAGGAUGCGUUGCCGCCGCUGGCCGAGCCGCCGCUGCCCGAGACGAAGCCGCUGCCGCCGACGCAGCCGCCGCAGCCGGUCUCCGUGCCUCAGCCACAGCCGGCGCCGAGGCCUCCGUCCCCGGCCGGCAUGAAGGCGGAAGAGAACUGCUCCUUCCUCCCGCUGGUUCACAACAUCAUCAAAUGCAUGGACAAGGACAGCCCCGACAUCCACCAGGACCUGAAUGCGCUCAAAACCAAGUUCCAGGAGAUGCGCAAGGUCAUCAGCGCCAUGCCUGGCACCCACCUGAGCCCGGAGCAGCAGCAGCAGCAGCUGCUCAGCCUCCGGGAGCAAGUCCGCACCAAGAGCGAGCUCCUGCAGAAGUACAAGAGCCUCUGCAUGUUCGAGAUCCCCAAGGAGUAGAGGCGGGGCGAGGGGCGGGCCGGGGCCUUCCUACCCCGCCCCCCCCCAGCGUGGGCGGGGACUGCCGGGCUGCGGCUCAGCUGGACGGCGCUGCCGGCUUCCUUGUGGCGUGAACCCACAAGUCUAGAUGCACGGUGACCUGAGUGCCUGCAGGUGGAAGGAAGAAUGUUCCCCAAGGCUGGGGGUGGGGGUGGGGGACUUUACCCCCUCUGCGGGGGGGGCCCUGCUGCGCUGGCAGGCUGGCAGCUGGGGAUCCGGAGGCACAGCAGGGAGGGGUGGCUGCGCCCUGAUCUCCGCCCCCCCGGAGCUGGUGAGUGUAGCAGGCACACAGCGUUCUGCGAACAGCAGUGUGUGUGGCAUUCACCGGGCAGUAGGCCUACACGCGCUCAGUGAGGAUGUAAGCCGUGAAAGAAGACGGGUGGCUUUCUGCCCCGGAAUAGCUGUUUCCUUUCCUUCUUGCCCUGUGGGUGUGACUGGGGGAUGUCGGCCUGGAGCCCUGCCUCCGCGUUCUCUGUCACCUACAUGUUCUUGUUACUUGUAGCUCUUGCUCCUUUGUCCCCUGUCUCCUUCAGUCAGCUUGUUUAGCCAUUUAAUGCCCAAGAAUAGCCAGACCACCUCAGCCCACGCAGUACUGGUGGCCUUGGGCUCCAGGUGAGCAGACCCGCCUCUUCCAGCCUUUCAGAGUCCUGCUCCCUGGUUUAAAAACCGAUUUCCCCUCGGCCUUGUCCCUGAAAAGUCGGCCACAGAUGUCCUCUGCACCAAAGACAGGUGGUCAUGAUGGGGCUUUUUGCUCAGAAAAGGGCAGCUCAGAGCGCUGGUUCUGACGGCCCCUCGCGGUUGGGGAGGGCUGGGCCUGGCAGCCAAGCAGCCAAGGUCUGGUUCAAGGUGUUUAUAAACACCCCUUGUUUCUUCCUGGCAGGACAUUGAAUGUGUGUGGUCAGACUGAGACCAGAGCACUUCUUUCCCUCGCCGCUGAGGGAUGAGGGAAAAGUCAGCAAAUCCUGUUUAGAUCUAGAAAUGAGCUCGUAACCUGUGCUGACCAGUCAGGGGCUUAACAGAUGGCCGCCACUGGCAGGAUCCACCACUGGCAGGAUCAUUGGGUGAAGAUGUUCUCAGCAGGAGUUCUGUUCGCGUUGACCUGCGCUCCCGCCAGAAGGUCUGGUGCAUUGGGAACUCCGGGUGUGCAGGAGAGGAUCCAGUUCCAGUGGCCUCGGACGGAGGAGCAGGCUCUGAAUUUCAGCGGGUGUCACCUAUUAGACCAGCUCUACUGUGGGGCGGUAUUAACUGAAUCAGUUAUUUUCUUGAGAUUUCAGAGUAGUGUGUGGGCCAGUUUUAAGGCCCUGACCAAAUAGCAUGGAACACGAAGCACGCAGAAAUGCCAGGAGGCCGGGCUGUUGCGGGGCUGCAGCGGACGAGGGCUCCUUGUAGGCGGAAGGGGACGGAACCUCUCCUGUGCUCCAGUGCUUUGACUUGUGGCAAUUUUCAAGAGAGUAAUUUUAAAAACUUGUGCUCUGCUGUCAGGAUAUCUUGGUUUUGUACUGAGAAAUUCACAGUAGUAUGUCUCUUCUGGACAGUUUGGAGGAAAACGUUAACUUUGCUCAGAGGAGACCGAGCAGAUUUUGAGGACCUCUGUCCGCACCUCCUCCCACAGCCCCAGCCCCCAGCACUCACACAGCCAAACCAGUGAGACCAGCGUGAACAUGGCGUGACCUGUCCUGUGAGCCACACCUCUCCCCAGAGGCACUGUUGGCCUGGUGGGUCGUCCUGCCUGCCUGUGACCAGCCCCCAGGCGUCCCUCCUUGUAGGGGAGAAUUUGUCUGUGGUGGGCACAGUCACAGCGCAGGGUUAGUCCCUCCCUGGGACAAUAUUGAGUGCAUUAUUUGGAUUACGGGGGAUGGGGCCUGUACUGAGUACUCAGGCACACGUGACCCUCCCCGCACACCCGAGCAGAGGCGCGCUGCUCUCUGUGUUUCCCGGAUAGGGACUGAGGCUUGGCAGGCGUCACUUGCCCCAAGCUUGCAUGGUUACAAGAGGCAGACAGAGCUGGGCCCUCAACUGCAGAGAGAGACUGCAAGACAGAAGGUGCCGGACCUGACCUGGGUGAUGAGCUCUUCCUGGAGCUGGAGGGGCCGGGCUGGGCCAGUGACCAUGACUGGGUCCCACAGCUACGUGGCCAAGCCUGCAGCUCCCUGGGGACUGGAGUCGCGCCCAGAAGAGGGCCUGAGUGACCCCUCACACCACCUGUUCCCGGGGUGGUGAUGCUUCAUUGGACCUGUGCUGAGUGGGACCAGGCUGGCGGGGCCCUCGGUCUCAGCCACGGGAAGACUGGGCAGGGUGUGCGGCUAGAAAGGUGCGUCUCUAGGAGGGACCCUGAAGUCCUUUUUUCCCCUGGCUUUCUGAGGACUGGCUCCUGAGAUAGACGGGCCUCCAGUCAGUUAUCUGAAGCUUUUCGGGAGCCUUUCCUCCAGGAGGGCUGCAGCUGUUUUCAGAAGGCAGAGUUACUUUCCCACUCUGGGGAAGGUGAGCCUCAUUCCUCAGAAGUAGAAACUGCCCCUCCCUGCCCGCCCCUCUGUCUUCCAGCCACUUCUAAAAGCAGAGGAAGCAAGGUUUUCUAUUUUAAAGUAUUUUAUUUUAUAUUAAAAAAAAUACAAAUAAUAACUUGAGAGACUGUCUCACACACACGGUACAAACAGCCGUGCACGAUUUUGUUCAUGUCACAGCGACACCGGAGCUGCUAAUAAAGUGCAAGGUUUCUGUUUCGCUUCA